UUGUAGCCAAGAACAGUCCUUUUACAGAUGCUUUACAAUGCUACAGUUGCAAGAAUAUCGCCAAUGUCAAUGAUUGCAACACAUCGGUUGAAUGUGAAGUUGGGCAGUCUUGCAUUCUACAAACAAACGGUGGCAACAACGGAUCGUAUUUGCUUGGAUGUGUUGACAAUCAGCAAUGUUCUGCCACCGGUAUAGUGAACGCAGCAAUUGUUGGUCGUUCUGUCUUUGACAAUGGGCGACGAGCAGAAUCGAGAGAUGCUUCUGCAUGUCAUGAAUGCUGUUCAACGAAUCACUGCAAUGUCGGCUUAUGUCAGCAUCAUAUCCCUUCAGAUUGUGUAGACUCUCCAGGCUUUGACUGCGCUAGAAUGAACACCAUUCUCAACUUUUGUCAAAAUAAAGACCAGGCAAAGUUGGUUUGUCCAAAUUUCUGUGGCCUAUGUGACUUGGUGGACGGAAAUUGGGCUGAUUGGUCCAUUUGGAGCGGAUGUGACGUCACAUGCGGAAGCGGCACACAGUCACGUGACCGCACAUGUACAAAUCCUGCUCCAGAACAUGGCGGACUAGAUUGUAUUGGUUCAAAUACAGAAACAAAGGCAUGCAUCAUGAUCCCUUGUCCAAUUCACGGCGGUUGGAGCCUCUGGUCACCAUGGGGAUCAUGUUCAGUCACGUGCGAUGUUGGAAUCCAGAGGCGUGACAGGUCCUGUUCAAACCCAUACCCUGCAUUGAAUGGUGAUCACUGCUUUGGGGAGUCCAGAGAUGACAGGAUUUGUCAGGAGACGGCGUGCGCAAACGGCGGAUGGUCUUCUUGGGAGACGUGGUCAUCAUGCGGUGUGACAUGUGGUGGAGGACGUAUUACACGACAACGCUACUGUAACAAUCCCCCGCCUUCCUUACUUGGGAACGAUUGUCGCGGGAAAGGAGAGGAAUACACUCUCUGCAACACCCAUGCAUGCACAAAUCAUGUAGCGUUCAGUGCCCAGCUAUCUGCAAGAUAUACAACCGAAGCGUCCGUUAUUGUUUUUGAUGUUAUCAAAUUGAACGAAGGCCAAGCCUACAACCCACACACUGGAAUAUUCACUGCCCCAUUUAAUGGAAUGUACACAUUCGCGGUAUAUAUUCUUGAAGAUAACCCUCGCACAGUUUCCGAUUGGGCAGAUUUUUACCUUCGCAAAAACGACGACCAUGAACCCAUAGGUGCAGUUGACAUCAGCUUUUCUGAUAAUUCAAACGCACUUUUUCUUCCUGGCGGUAUUACAGUCGUUGAGAAUUUGAAUCGAGGUGAUCGUAUAUUCGUAACAUGCAUUGCGAAGGGAAAAUUUGUCCAUGGCGGACCAUUUUCAAAGUUUUCUGGCUACCUAAUUGCUGAAAAUUAA